CCCCCGCCCGGGCGCGGUGGUAGCGGCCGGCGGCCAUCGGCAGCGGAGCGGUCGCGCGGCGGGAGCGGCUCGCGGGGUCACUGAGGCGCCGGGCGGGAACGGAGCUGAGGGGCCUGAUCGGGAUCGGCCGCUCGUCUCCAGAGAGCCCUCGGUACCGGAGCUUGCAUUGGGCGGGAACGGAGCUCAGGGGCCUGAUCGGGAUCGGCCGCUCGUCUCCAGGGAACCCUCGGUACCGGAGCUUGCAUUGGGCGGGAACGGAGCUGAGGGGCCUGAUCGGGAUCGGCCGCUCGCCUCCAGAGAGCCCUCGGUACCGGAGCUUGCAUUGGGCGGGAACGGAGCUCAGGGGCCUGAUCGGGAUCGGCCGCUCGUCUCCAGGGAACCCUCGGCAAAGCGCAGAAAUGAUCAUCCCGGUCAGAUGCUUCACGUGUGGCAAAAUAGUGGGGAACAAGUGGGAAGCCUACCUUGGCCUUCUGCAAGCGGAGUACACGGAAGGAGAUGCCCUGGAUGCCCUUGGCUUGAAGAGAUACUGCUGCCGCAGAAUGCUCCUCGCCCAUGUGGAUCUGAUUGAGAAGCUUUUGAAUUAUGCACCCCUGGAGAAAUGAGAUGGAAAAAGUACUGUGCUGCAAGCCAUGUGGAACGUAUCUCUAAUUUAAAGUUGAAACUGGACUUCAGGCAGUAAAGGAUGAAAGCCAGCUGUAGUGUAACCAUCAAGAGAUGUUUAUCUUCUGGAUAAAAUACUGCCCCAAGCCACUAACCUCUUUCAAGGAAACAAAGGAAUGAUGAAGUCCACUUAACCAAGAUUUAGAGAUUAAAAGCUUGGAUGCUUCUUAAAUCUGUUUGGAGUUGUGAACUUUUAGAUGCCUCUGCCAGUAAAAAUAAAUGUUUGUUCAUGCAGAAAAACUAUUAUAUUUCUUCAAAACUUUAUGAAAUKUAUUAUUUCAUGAAA